ACACUUACAUCUACUAAUCGCAAUUACCACUGUGAUUACCAAUUAAUCAACACUUAAUUAACGAUGACGAAGGACGUGGAGGUUGCGGAGCAAGGGGAGUUCUCGGCGAAAGAUUACCACGACCCUCCACCGGCGCCGUUAAUUGACGUCGAGGAGCUGACGAAAUGGUCGUUUUACAGGGCACUAAUCGCGGAGUUCGUAGCCACACUUCUGUUCCUAUACGUAACGGUGUUAACGGUGAUCGGACACAAAAGCCAGACUGAUUUAACGAAGGCCGGCACCGACGUGUGCGGCGGCGUCGGCCUUCUCGGAAUCGCUUGGGCCUUCGGCGGCAUGAUUUUCAUCCUUGUUUACUGCACUGCUGGAAUCUCUGGGGGACAUAUAAACCCGGCGGUGACGUUAGGGUUGUUUUUGGCGCGAAAGGUGUCGUUGAUCCGGGCGAUUAUGUACAUGGUAGCACAGUGUUUGGGUGCUAUCUGCGGUGUGGGAUUGGUCAAAGCGUUUCAAAGUUCAUUCUAUAAUAGGUAUGGUGGUGGGGCCAACUCGCUGAAUGGUGGGUACAACAAGGGGACUGGAUUGGGUGCGGAGAUAAUCGGGACCUUUGUUCUUGUCUACACAGUGUUCGCGGCCACUGAUCCUAAGAGAAAUGCACGGGACUCCCAUGUUCCUGUAUGGGCGCCGCUCCCGAUUGGGUUUGCUGUGUUCAUGGUUCACUUGGCUACGAUUCCAAUAACUGGAACUGGGAUUAACCCAGCUAGGAGUUUUGGAGCUGCUGUGAUUUUCAACGAUGAGAAAGCCUGGGAUGACCACUGGAUAUUCUGGGUCGGACCAUUUAUUGGAGCUGCAAUUGCUGCAAUUUACCACCAGUACGUUCUCAGAGCCGCAGCCAUUAAAGCUCUUGGAUCCUUCAGAAGCAAUGCUUAAUUAAUUAAGCUUAAUUACUGCCGUCGAUAAUUAUCAAUUAUCAAUCAAUAAACAAAUUAAUGGGCAAAAUUUGGGUGAUGGUGAUAAAAAUUAUUAAAACAACAAAAAAAAAAGAAAAAAAGAAAGAGUGCUUGCAAUGCAAAGUCUGUGAUC